GCCAUUUUGCUGCGUCCACAGCCAUCCGGCAAGAUGGUCCCCUUGCUUUGUCUCCCCUGACCGGAGUUGUGUCGGUAUUCUGAGGCUAUUCUUGCCGAUGCACCAUCAUACAUCUGCAAAUUAGACUGAACGUGCCCCUUUGUACCGAAAACCAAACGUGUGUGUAUCAGUCAAGAAAUGACGACGGCGAACAGCAGGUAAAAUGAGUCUGGCUUCUUCUGAAUCUCACCCAGACCAAAUGUCAGACAAGGCAGAGGAGCCUGGAAGCUCAGCAGAAACUAUGAAGGCUUCCUCUUCUCGCAACAGAAGGAAGCCCACUACUGUAUGUAAGCACACUGGACUGAAAGACUCCGAUGCCUCUGCUGAAAGUGAAAAUGAAGUUGCCACUUCUGACAAUCCUUCAGACAAUAAUACUAGCAACGUAUCUAAAGGCACUUUAGUGAUGAGGCCAGCUGGAAAUGAUAAUAAAGGUGCCAUGAAGCUCCGAGUAGAUUUUAAACAGAAACAUACAGAUGAUACCCUGCAGGAGAAGGUGAACUGCACUGCCUGCGGUAAACAAGUAUACCAGUUUCAGCGCAACUCUGUGUAUGAGCAUCCUGCACUCAAAGUACUCAUCUGCAAGUCUUGCUACAAGUAUUACACAAGUGAUGACAUCAACAGAGACUCUGAUGGGAUGGAUGAGCAGUGCAGGUGGUGUGCUGAAGGUGGCAAGCUCAUCUGCUGUGACUACUGUAACAAUGCCUUCUGCAAGAAGUGCAUCCUGCGCAAUCUGGGCAGGAAGGAGCUCUCUGUCAUUACGGAUGAGAACUCAAAGUGGCACUGCUACGUCUGCAGGCCAGAGCCCCUUCAGGAUCUUGUCUCCAAAUGCCACAGCAUCAUGGAAAAACAAGAAGCCAAGGAACGAAAACCAGACAAAAGCGAGGAACGCGAGAGCAAGAGACACAAGAACAAAGAAGUCAAAGAGCACAAAGCAAUUCUCAAUGGGAAAGAACACACCGAAGGCUCAGGGAGCAUGACAUUCUCCUACAAAAAACUACAGGUGCCCAAAGAACUUAUAAAGAAAGCAAAAAAGCUUGUUGAAACUACAACUGGUCUGAACAAUACAUUCAUCCAGUUCAUCCAACAGGCUGCUGACAAGCAGGAAGAUAAGUCUAUCAGGUAUCGGCAUUUGAAAGCCUUCAGGGCAGUGCUGGCUGAUUUGAAAAAAGCCCACAGUGCUUUAGAGGCGGCUUUGGUGCCAGAGUUCAGAAACAUGGAGUUGCAGAACGGUAACGAAGGACCGCAUAUUGUGAGAAAGAGCCCAAAUGUUGUGUAUCCAGUAGAAAACGACCACCUGGAUAAUAUAGCUGAUGAAGAGGAGGAGGCUGGUGAACUAGCAUUGGAUGAGACUGACGACCUAGCAUCAGGGGAAGCUGACGAACUAGAAGCGAAAAAGGCUGACUAUCUCGCAGCGGAGGAGGCCGACAAUCCAGCUGCGAAGAAGACUAACGACCUAGCUGCAGAGGAAGCUGACAACCUAGCCGAGGAGGAAGCGGUAGGGGAGGAGGAGGCCGAUGUAGUGCCACAAGAGGUCCCUGACAUAGCAGUGGAGGAGGCUGACCACGCUCAGGCGGAGGAUGAUGAGGCUGACCACGCUGAGGCGGAGGAAGCUAACCAUGCAGCGGCAGAGGCAGACAGGCGGCAGCAUAAUGAGCAUAAAGGGUCGGAUGUGCCUAAAACAAAAGAGAACCAAACCCAAGCUGAUGGAACCAAAAAGAUAAUUAAAACCGAAGAAUGUGAUGACGGGAUAGUGUCAGCUGGUGAAAUGUCUCUGGAUCAAGACAUUAUGUCUGUGCCUCCUUCGGUUCCCGAAGAGCUUUUUCAAAUGGUGGAGAGCCUUGCGGAUUCCACCAUGCUCUCACAGUCUGAUACCAAUUUGGUCAAAGAUGCUGUUAAAAAGUUAAAUGGAAAUUCAAAAGACUCUCGACCUCCCCAGCCCAAGGUGAAGAACCUCAUUGUCAAACUAACUCCAGUGCCGGUUGUGACGACACGUGGUUCCAGGUCCUCCUCCAGAAACCGCGAGAAAGCCGGGGAGACUCAGAAAGGUUGUGAAGAGCCAGAGAAGGAAAAAGACAACGCUGCUAAAGCAGUAGAUAGGACAGCCAGCCCGCCACCCAGCCGUCGCUCUAGUAGAUUGAAGACUACCCCCUUGAGAAAGCAGGCUGAGAAUAAGGGCAAGGAAGAAUCCUCCGAGUCAGAGGAAGAUUGUAAGGGCAAGCCCAAGUGCUCCAAGAAAUCCAGUAACGACAAGAAAGAGAAGACCAAGAUUUCAGAGAAGAACAAAAUGGAUUCUGACUCUGAUGAAAUCCCUCACAUACUGCUGGAGAAAGCAGCAGCUGGCCAAAGCACGGAUGAGGAACAGGAAGGCACAAGUGCUAAAAAGUGUUUAUUCAAACUGAAAAACACAUCCACACAGGAUACAGACAAAGCUACCAAACGCAAAAGGAAGUCUGAAAGCUCUGAUUCAGACUUGGGGAUCAAAAGUAAAAAGACGUCCAAGAAGAAUAAACAGAAUGGCUCAGACUUGACCGACUCCGACCAGGAAAAGGAGACCAAGAGUAAAGCAGCCACAUCGAAGAGGAGAUCCAGCCGUGUAAAGAAGCAAGAUGAAGCCAAAGAAGAAGGGAAGGGUUCCCCUGAGAGGAAUGCGGCCAAGCGGAGACGGUCCUAUGAAAUUAAGCGAAAGGGAAGGAGCCUCAGGGAAGCCUCCAAGCAGCAGUUGUCCUCCAGUGAAGAAGAGGAGGAGGAGCAGGCUGAAGGUGACUCCGCAGAGGACAGCGACGAGCAAAAGAUCAAGCCCAUUGUGGAGGAUAACGUGGUUGGAGGAAGUGGGGCUUUCCAUCAGUCGUCAGGAGAUGAAGAGGAGGAUAAAGACCGAGUCCCUCAGGAUUGUGAAGAUGAUGACGAUGAUCCUGAAAACAGGAUUGCAAAGAAAAUGCUUCUCGCCCAAAUAAAAUCCAACUAUUCAUCUGGAGCAGAGAGUUCCUCCGAUAAUGAAGAUCCAGAGAAGGAUGAAAAGUCCUCUAAGAAAUUUAAAAGCGAGAAUGAUGAUGACGAUGAAGAAGAGCAACAAGACGAGGAUUCAGAAGAUUCCAGUGCUGAAGUGAAGAAACGCGUAGGACGCCACAAAUUGCUUCGUCAUAAACUCUCGCUGAGUGAGGGUGAAUCAGGAGAGGAGAAGGCUUCCAGUAAAGAGAAGGGCGGAAAGAAGAAGUCUGGGCAGAAAGUCCGCAGCGAUGACUCUUCAGAGUCCGACUCUGACUUUGAGAAGUCCGAAGCCAGCGAAGAGUCGGGGAUAAGCGAGGAGCUCAGUGAGUCAGAGAACGAAGGGAAGCGUCGAAAGACCAGAUCUUCGAAGAAGAAGGACGAAGCAAAACAGAAAAGUUCCAAGCAGCAGCAGCAGCAGAAGAAGAAACGACGCAGGAUCAAGGUUCAGGAUUCCUCUUCCAGCAACGAGAAGAGUGGAAAGGAAGACGGUGACGAGGACGAUGAGGACCACAAAGGACGCAAAAAGAUCCGCAAAAUCCUGAAGGACGACAAGCUGCGGACAGAGACCAGGGACGCAUUGAAAGAAGAGGAGGACCGUAGGAAACGUAUCGCUGAGAGGGAAGCACUCCGAGAGAAACUUCGAGAGGUGAUUGUGCUGAAGGAGUCUUCCCACGUAACCUGUCCCUGUCCCAUCACCACCAAACUGGUCCUGGAUGAGGAUGAAGAGACCAAGGAGCCGCUGGUGCAGGUGCACAGGAACCUUGUCACAAAACUCAAACCUCACCAGGUUGACGGGGUGCAGUUCAUGUGGGACUGUUGCUGUGAAUCUGUAAAGAAGAUUGAGAAGUCCUCUGGCUCCGGCUGCAUUCUCGCCCAUUGCAUGGGUCUGGGAAAAACUCUGCAGGUGGUGACGUUACUUCACACGUUGCUGCUUUGUGAGAAGCUGGAGUUCACCACAGCACUGGUGGUUUGUCCCCUGAACACUGUGCUCAAUUGGCUCAACGAGUUUGAGAAGUGGCAAGUCGGUUUGAAGGAUGACGAGAGUUUAGAGGUGAUCGAGCUGGCCACAGUGAAGAAGGCACAGGACCGGGCCUACGCCCUCCAGCGAUGGCAAGAAAGUGGUGGCGUGAUGAUCAUCGGCUAUGAGAUGUACAGGAACUUGACACAGGGAAGGAACACUAAGAGCAAGAAGCUAAAAGAGACAUUUCAGAAGACACUUGUCGAUCCAGGUCCCGACAUGGUGAUCUGUGAUGAAGGUCACAUCUUAAAGAACGAGGCGUCUGCUGUGUCCAAAGCGAUGAAUUCCAUCAGGACGAGGAGGAGGAUCGUGCUUACUGGAACACCGCUGCAAAAUAACCUUGUUGAAUACCACUGCAUGGUGAACUUCAUCAAGGAGAACCUUCUGGGGUCCGUUAAGGAGUUCAGGAACCGCUUCAUAAACCCCAUUCAGAAUGGUCAGUGUGCCGACUCCACACUGCAAGAUGUCCGGAUCAUGAAGAAGAGGGCUCACAUCCUCUAUGAGAUGCUGGCCGGUUGUGUCCAGAGGAAAGAUUACACAGCGCUCACUAAGUUCCUGCCACCGAAACACGAGUAUGUGUUGUCGAUCAGAGUGACUCCGAUUCAGUGCAAACUCUACAGAUACUAUUUGGAGCACUUCACAGGUGUGGGGAAUGCGCUAGAGGGGGGCCGAGGCCGCGCGGGGACCAAACUUUUCCAGGAUUUCCAGGUGCUCAGCAGAAUCUGGACCCAUCCCUGGUGCCUUCAGCUGGACUACAUCAGUAAAGAAAACCGGGGUUUCUUUGACGAGGACAGUAUGGACGAGUUCAUCGCUUCAGAAACCGAAGAGUCGUCAAUGAGCAUGACCUCCGAGGACGAGAAGGCCAAAAAGAAAAAGAAGCAAGGAAAGGGAAAAAAGCGAGGAUCUGAUGACUCGGACAGUGAUGACGUGGAGGUCAUCAAGGAGUGGAACACCAGCUCUCGGGGCAAAAACGGAGAGGGUCGAAACAGACCAGAGGUUGUAGAAGAGCCCCGUCCCGCUAACUCUGCCGAUGGGAGCCCCACUCACGACUGGCACAAAGAGUUUGUUGCCGACGCUGACGGCGAGAUCCUGGAGCACUCUGGAAAGAUGGUGCUACUGUUUGAGAUCCUGCGCAUGGCCGAGGAAAUGGACGAAAAAGUCUUGGUGUUCAGUCAGUCUCUAAUCUCUUUGGACCUGAUUGAGGAUUUCCUGGAGCUGGCUUGCAGAGCUAAAGAUGAUGAGAAGGUUUCCCCGUACAAAGGUGAAGGCAAGUGGUUCAGGAACAUUGACUACUAUCGUCUGGACGGCUCCACCAACGCCACCACCAGGAAGAAGUGGGCUGAAGAGUUUAAUGACACCAGUAACCCAAGAGGUCGUCUGUUCCUAAUUUCAACGCGAGCCGGCUCUCUUGGUAUCAACCUAGUGGCCGCUAACCGGGUGAUCAUCUUUGACGCCUCCUGGAACCCCUCCUACGACGUCCAGAGUAUCUUCAGGGUCUACCGCUUUGGCCAGAUCAGGACAGUCUAUGUGUACAGGUUCUUGGCGCAGGGCACAAUGGAGGAGAAGAUUUAUGAUCGGCAGGUGACCAAACAGUCCCUGUCUUUCCGGGUGGUGGACCAGCAGCAGAUUGAGAGGCACUUCACUGGCGUGGAGCUGGCAGAGCUCUACACCUUUGAGCCGGAGAUGCUGGAUGAUCCCUCUGGGAAGAAGAGCAAGAAAGCCACACCUAUGCUCCCUAAGGACCCCUUCCUGGCCGAGCUGCUGCAGAAUAAUAAGGACCAGAUCGUGUGUUACCAUGAACACGAAUCCCUGCUGGACCACAAGGAGGAAGAAGCCCUGAGCGAGGAGGAUCGCAAGGCAGCCUGGGCCGAGUAUGAAGCCGAGAAAAAGGGUGUGUUUGUGAGGAACAACUACCAGCCCGGAUACCCCCAGAUGGACAUGGGCUACUUCAACUUCAACAUGGCGGCUUUGGCCGCCAUGACCAACCAGCAGCUGGAGGACCUUAUAAACCAGGGACGACAGAAAGUCAUCGAAGCGACAACGUCUCUGAAGACUCUAGCACGCGAGUCACCGGAAGACACGAUCGCCAGACUGUGGAAGGAGAACCCAGCACUCACAGAGAGUCAGGUCCAGUCCAUGGCGAUAGGCCACCAGGCCAGCGUGGAGCAGGAGAUCAAGCGCAGGGAGGCCGUGUACAGAGAAGUGCUCACCCGGCAGCAGACGCUGAUGAUGUACGUCCAGAAGCUGAUCACCAACAGGAAGGUGCAGGAGCAGCAGCUCGCCAUGGCCAACCAGGCAAACUACCUGAACCAGCUGGCCAUGCAGAACGGCAUGAUGGGAAGUGGCGGGAUCAGUCAGAUGGACCUGGUGGGGCUUUACCAGCAGCUCCACGGCCUUGGCUCGCAUCAAGGCAUGGGCAAGAAUCCUGGGCCCUCUAAGGGGCUGUAGGGUCAGAUGAGCUCCUCCUGAACUCGGCGCCCCCCUCCUCCACUCAGUGACAAACGCACUGUGACACCACCGCUCAGAGCUCAAAGCCGUCUGGUGCAGCAAGCAGAGGGUGGGGUAGUUUUGAGACCAGGCUGCUGUCCGCUGGGGCCUGAAGCUGGCUAUGCUCUCAGUUCUUUAUCCCGUAGUUCAGAGAGAGAAGGUGGAAUAUAAUCUACGAAUGACUGAAAGGAGUAAAUUAGGCAUUUCAACAGGAAAUAAAUGUAUAUACCGCCUUAAUGUUAUUCAAGUUCUAUGUCUUCAUUUUUCAUGUAUUUAAAGACAAACACGUUCAACCCCCAAUGCUUUUAAGCAUUGUAAUGUUUUUCUCUUAAAAGAGGGUCGUUUUUGAUUUAAAUGGAGUUUUUUUUAUACUCUUUUAAAUGCCUAAGUAAACCAGAGUGGGACCAGUGUCGGUGUCGUGACGGGACUCGCUGAUGUAACGCUUUUUAAUGAUUAGCCCCAGUAGAUUCCCUCACCAAUAUGUAAUAAAGCAGGCAGCUGAUGGCGCUGCUAGGUCCUGCUCCUUCUGGGGAUUAGAAGAAAUUGGUAAGACAACAAAAGCAGAAAAAAAUGGCCUUAUAUUCAUUUCCUAAAAAAAAAAAAAGAAAGAAAAAAAAAAGAUUUGUUCAGAAUCUUUUCUAUUACGCUUUUAAGUCUUUACAUUAGUUGUCACUGAACAUGGUUAAAAAAAAAAAUGCUUGUGUUGUUCAAAACUGCCUGCCCGGUUCCGGUGAUCUUUUUGUGACAUCAUUCUCAUUGUCACGUGUUGUCUAGCAUAGCACUGUGCGUCCUGUUCAUUGCUUAUGUCCCACUUGUGUUGAUCCCAAGUCUGGGUGAGUGACCGGGUCUCACAAAGCGGAGCCACUUCAGCCAGAUGUCAAAGGGCCCAAAUUUAUUUCCUUUUUCUAAAUGUGUUUAGUUAAACUUGGCAUUGUGUAACGCGGUGGAUUCGAUGGCGUGAAGAAGGAAAUCUGAUUCCAUAUCUGGUUGAUUUGUUUCCUCUGCUUUGUGAGAAAUGCCUUCUGGACGUUGGUCUCAGCAGGCAUGCGCCCGGACUAUCUGUAUUCUACUUUGGCACAUUUUUGCUUCUAAACGCUUAAACAGGUGUAGCUGUUAAUCCAGAGGAAUAUGUACAUUUCUCACAAUGACAUGUUGGCUCCUGUGUUUGCACAAGGUGUAUUUCAUAAAUGUAAAGAAACCUUUUUGCCCUCCUCUAAGAAUGUUCUUGUGUUAGCAAAUACACCAACAUUUAUUUGCCAUGAAUCUGAUCUGCUAUUAUCUUGAUAAGUAUUUAAUAUAACAUUUAAUAAAGUGACCAAAAGGAUGAGCA